AUGGCUAUGGGUGACUACUCCCCUGGAAGUGUCUGGUACUAUGCUCCAAACAAGGCUGCACCUAUAGUCUUCAUCAUACUCUUCUUUGUUUCAGGGGUCAUACACGCAUAUCAAACAAUCAUCCACAAAUCCUACCGCACAACCCUCCUCCUCCCCUGGGCCGCCCUCCUCAUGCUCACCGGCUUCACCCUCCGCCUAGCCGGUUCCUACACCCCAACCUCCCUCGCCUACCUAAUCGCCUCAACCGUCCUCAUCAUGUCUGGCCCCCCCGUCUACGCACUUAUCAAUUACCUCAUACUCUCCCGAAUCCUGUACUAUAUCCCCUACCUCGCCCCUCUUCACCCAGGUCGCAUCGCUACCACUUUCAUCGGCCUAGACGGGGUAUGCGAAGUCCUCAUCGGCAACGGGGCAUGGAGGAUGGCAAAUAGCAGCUUGACAGACGAUGAACGUGAUGUAGGCAAACAAAUGGUAAUGGCGAGCUUAUGUUUGCAAAGCCUAUUAUUUGGCGCUUUCGGAUUUCUGACAGCCAUGUUUCAUGUGCGCGCCGAUAUCGCGGGCGUUUUGUCGAAAGACCUGCGUGCGGUGCUGUGGGUGCUGUAUAUCAGUGCGGGGAUUAUAACAAUUCGUUGUAUCUACCGGCUCGUGGAGUACAUUCUUGGUUGGCAGUCCCCGAUCUACACGAAUGAAGUGUAUUUCUGGAUCUUUGAGGCGAGUAUCAUGUUUGUCAAUACAGCAUUGCUGAACCUUUAUCACCGGGGGAAGCGACUUCCAAAGUCUAAUGAUGUAUUCUUGGCGCGUGAUGGUGUCACGGAGCGCAAGGGACCUGGAUGGAAGGAUGAUAGGCCGUGGAUUAUUACAAUUUUUGAUCCAUUUGAUCUUUGGGAUUUGUUCAGAGGCAGGGACAAAGAAACGCAGUUCUGGGAUAUGACGGAUGAAGAGUUAGAACGAGUGAGGUUGGAGAAGGAGGCAGAGAAACGAAGUUGGUGGCAGGGACUACUUGAUCCUUUUCAUCUCUGGGGAAACAAGGGUUAUAUCCAAAAGUGGAGGCGUGGCAUGGCCGAUUUCGACACCGGAGCUCUCAUAAUCACCUACGCGAUGAUUGGUAUGGCUCUCACGAUUGGCCUUACCUACUUCAUCCUCCACCUUCCAGACUUAGCAAGGUGCUGUUUCACACUCCUAAAAUUGUGCUGUCCUUGCAUUCCAUGGCGACAACAGCGGCAACCCAGACAAGAACGGAAUUUACAACAGGCGACAGGAACGCCACAACCAGCACAUGAACAACGUCUGUCGACUGCAGUGACGCUAGUUGAUGGUGUUGUACCGGGCCAACCUGUACCGACGGGAGAUAUCGAGAUGGUUGAUAUGAGCGAGGCUGAGAGACGUGGCAAUGAGGACGAUAGUGAUUUAUCGACUCCUGCACGGCACUCCCCCCAAACAGCAGACAGAGGACGACAAUAA